AUGGAGGUUACGCAGUUGCUCAUAAAUGCUCAGUCGAUUGAUGGAACUGUGCGUAAGCACGCUGAAGAAAGUCUCAAACAGUUUCAAGAGCAGAACCUUGCAGGGUUUUUGCUGUCACUCGCUGGAGAGCUUGCAAACGACGAGAAGCCAGUAGAUAGCAGGAAAUUAGCCGGUCUAGUGUUAAAAAACGCUCUUGAUGCUAAGGAGCAGCACAGGAAGUUUGAGCUUGUUCAGAGAUGGCUGUCUCUAGACAUGUCAACAAAGUCUCAGAUCAGAGCAUUCUUGCUGAAGACACUCUCCUCUCCUGUGCCCGACGUUCGUUCAACUGCAUCUCAGGUUAUCGCCAAGGUUGCAGGUAUUGAGCUGCCACAGAAGCAGUGGCCUGAGCUCAUUGGAUCUCUUCUCUCGAAUAUUCACCAGUUGCCUGCUCAUGUCAAGCAAGCCACUUUGGAGACUCUUGGGUACCUCUGUGAAGAAGUUUCACCUGAUGUCGUAGAACAGGAGCAUGUAAAUAAGAUACUCACGGCUGUUGUUCAGGGUAUGAACGCUGCUGAAGGAAACAACGAUGUUAGGCUUGCUGCAACCCGUGCUUUAUACAUGGCUCUGGGAUUUGCACAGGCAAAUUUCAACAACGACAUGGAGAGGGAUUAUAUCAUGAGAGUUGUGUGUGAAGCGACCCUGUCCCCUGAGGUGAAGAUUAGGCAGGCGGCUUUUGAGUGUUUGGUGUCAAUAGCUUCUACAUACUAUGAGAAGUUGGCGCAUUACAUGCAAGAUAUAUUCAACAUCACGGCAAAGGCUGUACGAGAAGAUGAUGAGUCUGUUGCUCUACAGGCGAUUGAGUUCUGGAGUUCUAUUUGUGACGAGGAGAUUGACAUCUUGGAAGAGUAUGGGGGUGAGUUCACCGGGGAGUCUGAUGUUCCAUGCUUCUAUUUCACGAAGCAGGCUCUCCCUGCGCUUGUGCCUCUUUUGUUGGAGACUCUUCUUAAGCAAGAGGAAGAUCAGGAUUUGGAUGAAGGGGCUUGGAACAUAGCCAUGGCUGGUGGGACAUGCCUCGGUUUGGUUGCUAGGGCAGUUGGAGACGACAUUGUGCCACAUGUCAUGCCGUUCAUUCAAGAGAAAAUAUCAAAGCCUGACUGGAGAGAGCGGGAAGCUGCAACUUAUGCGUUUGGUUCCAUACUGGAGGGCCCUUCUCCAGUCAAGUUGAUGGACAUUGUUAACGCAGCGUUAACAUUCAUGCUCAAUGCUUUGAUGAAGGACCCAAACAACCAUGUGAAGGACACAACUGCAUGGACACUUGGUAGGAUAUUUGAGUUCCUUCAUGGCUCAUCAAUCGAGAAACCGAUAAUCACCAAGGCGAACUGCCAGCAGAUCAUCACGGUACUGAUCCAGGCCAUGAAAGAUGCACCUAAUGUUGCAGAGAAAGCUUGUGGGGCACUAUACUUCCUUGCCCAGGGCUAUGAGGAUGUCGGUAUCGAUUCUCCGUUAACACCCUUCUUUGAGGAAAUCAUUGCUUCCCUUCUAUUUGUCGCCAACAGAGAGGAUGCAACUGAGUCACGCUUGCGUACUGCAGCGUAUGAGGCUUUGAAUGAAGUUGUAAGGUGUUCAUCUGAUGAAACAUCAGCCAUGGUUCUGCAGUUGGCUCCUAGGAUAAUGCUGGAGCUUCACAAUACUUUUGUGGAAGGGGAAAAGCUUUCGUUGGACGAGAGGGAGAAGCAAAACGAGCUUCAGGGGCUUUUAUGUGGAUGCUUGCAGGUCAUCACACAGAAAGUGGGAUCUGAACCAACCAAGUAUGUUUUCAUGCAGUACGCAGAUCAAAUGAUGGAGCUUUUCCUGAGGGUGUUUGGCUGCAGAAGCGCAACCGCGCACGAGGAGGCCAUGCUCGCCAUUGGUGCUCUCGCUUACGCAGCAGGUCCAGAUUUCGCCAAGUACAUGCCUCAGUUCUACAAGUACUUGGAAAUGGGACUUCAAAACUUUGAAGAAUACCAAGUCUGUGCUGUCACUGUGGGUGUUGUUGGGGACGUCUGCAGAGCAUUGGAGGACAAGAUUUUGCCUUACUGCGACGGAAUCAUGACGCAGCUUCUGAAGGACUUGUCGAGCAACCAGCUCCACCGGUCGGUGAAGCCGCCGAUAUUCUCCUGCUUUGGCGACAUUGCACUCGCAAUCGGGGAGAAUUUCGAGAAGUACUUCAACUACUCGAUGCCCAUGCUUCAGAGCGCGGCGGAGUUAUCUGCUCACUCGUCUGGAGCUGACGAUGAGAUGACGGAGUACACAAACUCGUUGAGAAACGGGAUCCUCGAGGCUUACUCUGGGAUAUUCCAAGGGUUCAAGAACUCUCCCAGAACCCAGCUCCUGAUUCCUUACGCACCACACAUCCUCCAGUUUUUGGACAGCAUUUACAUGGAGAAAGACAUGGACGAGGUGGUGAUGAAGACAGCGAUUGGGGUGUUGGGGGAUUUAGCGGAUACACUAGGGAGUCAUGUGGGUGGUCUGAUAACACAGUCAGUGUCGAGUAAAGACUUCUUAAACGAGUGUUUGUCCUCUGAUGACCACACGAUUAAAGAAGCAGCCGAAUGGGCCAAGCACGCCAUUACCCGUGCCAUAUCUGUUUGA